AUGGACUACAAAACAGCUUUUGAAGCUGUUGCCAGAACAUUACGAGACAUAAGGAAUUGCAAUUCCAUGAUGGGAUCAGUAACGGUAUUAUUGUCAGGAGACUUCCGAGAAACAAAAGUGGAUGAGCUCAAUACUUCAAUAAAGUAUUCUGUAUUAUGGCAUCAUGUGAAAACACUUCAACUUUCAACAAAUAAGAGAUCAAGGCUUUCAAGACAUCAAUCAGUUGAACGAUUUGCAGAGCAGCUUUUGAAACUCGGUGACGGGAAACUUCCAAUUGAUGAAGAACAGUUUCUUACAUUCAAUCCAAUGUGUACUUUAACUGAUUCCGUGGUUGAUUUGGUGGAUGAAAUCUUUCCCAAUCUUCUUCAUAAUUGUAUCAAUACAGAUUGGAUCACUGAGCGAGCUAUCCUGGCUUCAAAAUAUGUUGUAAAUAGUAUUAGUAAUAUGCUAUUUAAUAAACUUCCGGGAGAAAUAUUCACUUAUAACUCAAUUGAUAGUGUUGUUGAUUAUCAGGAUAAUGUUAACUACCCCAUCGAAUUUUUAAACUCACUAGAACCACCAGUUACAAAUGUCUUCAAACGUCGACAUUCAAACAGCUUUUCCAUAUUGAGACAAACGGACUCUGCAUCCGGGAACGUGUUUUCAAUAAUUGAAAUUCACAAUUCUAAUCAGUGUACAUGA